UCUGAGUGUAAGCAUACCGCUUCAGAAUGCAUCGUCUUGUGUUUGAAUUUGGGUGUAGGAACUUUUGCUGGGUCGGAAUCGUUCAGGCAAUUUUAUUUCUCACAGUUACGGCAUCAUUUCCCACUUGAGUCGGUCGAAAAAUGUCCGUUUCAGUCAUUUUCAGACGCGCUCGCUCGUAAAUGGAUCUUCCCGCCAGGCUCCACCUCCACUCGCACCUUUUAUGCAAAUGAUGCAUGCGGGGAGCAUGUGUGCGCUCCUCCUUGUGAGGCUCUUUAAGCUUUUUUUUUUUUUUGUGUGCGUGUAAGACGAGCGGCCACACUUCGCUCAGCAGCAUCUCGAGCAAGCGUCGUCGUCCGCCUGCGUCGAAAAGACUCUUUCGCGCGUGGGUGGAAUGAAACAUUCAAGGGCGCGCGCUGGAAAGCGAUUGUCGUGGAUGCGCCGCUAAAUUCCGAGUGGAGAGGACCGUGAACGCACCUUGCAUCCAGCAGCAGCCAUGGGGGGGCAAGUCACCAGACACAAUUAUAACUUCCAUGGACCGGUUCCAAUCGCGGCUCUUCCGUCCACCUCGCCUCACCACAAGCAUGCCUCUGACUGCGCCGUUCCCAUCCUGGCUCUGUCAUCCGCCUCGCACUCGCACCACCACCACCACCACCAGCAACAGCAGCACCAGCACCACUACCGCCCCCACCAAAAGCCGAUGAACUGGCAUCCCAGCAAGCACGUCCAUCCGACGGCCUCUCAGCCACCUCUGCUCUUCCACCCGACGGCCAAGGGCUCGCAGAUCAUCAUCGACGAGUCGCAGAGGGCGGUCAGAAGGAAAGGCAGCUUCUGCAACGCCGUCGCGUUCAGCAACAGAAGCGUGGCGGUCAACGAGGUGGUCCGGCUGAAGAUCACAGAAAACUACCAGGACUGGCAGGGUGCUCUCCGCAUCGGUUUUACUUCUCAAGACCCGUCCUGCAUGGACCCCAAAAAAUUACCCAGAUAUUCAUGUCCGGAUCUGGCUUCGAGGAGCGGAUUCUGGGCGAAACCCUUGCCCGAGGAGCUUCUCAUGAGAGACACCGUCAUCUCGUUCUGGGUCACCAAGAAGGGCCGGGUGCAUUACCGGAUCAACGGAAACACCCCUAGACGGCUAUUCAAGAAGGUUAGCGCUUAUCUGCCGUUGUGGGUUCUCGUCGAUGUCUACGGAAAGACCAAAGGAGUCCAGUUUCUCGACAGUGAGGCCCUCACGCCGGACGUCUCAAAGAUCACUUCUGGCGACCCCCGAGUGAAGAUCCAGAAAAAGAGUCGGCACCGCCAACUUCCCGUGAACAUGUGGGAUAUGGAUGAAGACGGCUCGGAGGAAGACGAUCACGACGGGCCGGACCGGUCCGUUGACCACAUGCCCCAAAACUCUCAUAACUUACGGUUGUCCGUAAGGGGGUCCGAGCCCCCGGACCUCCUGGACAACCAGCUCCGGGUUCACUAUGUGCACGGCGAACACGUGGGCCUGACGGACCCUCACACGGCGGUGAUUCGGAAGCAUCAGGGCCCGGACAGGACGCUGGUCUUCACUAGUCGGCCUCUGGAUCACGGCGAAAGCGUCUUCGUGAUGUUGCAGACAACGGGGUCGGCCGAGCUGAGUUACGGCGUGACGGCCUGCGAUCCGGCCACGCUGAGGCCCCAGGACCUGCCGGCCGACCUGGUGCGGCUGCUGGACCGCUCGGAGUUCUGGGCCUUCGACAACUUGUCUACGCAGCUGUUGGACGAAGACAUCCUUGGCUUCGAGGUGAACGCCGCCGGCGAGAUCGUCGUCAACCGCAACGGCGUCAGCCUGGGGGUGCAGCUGUGCGUGGACAACUCCACACCGCUGUGGAUGUUCUUCGCACCCCACAAAAACAUGACGCAGCUCAAGAUUUUCGGCUUGUCUUCGCACUCGGAUGUCCAACCCCCUCGGAGAUCACCGUUGUCCAUGAACAACACCGCCGCAUCCAACGCCAACAUUCCGUCCAAUGGACCCCCCAACUCCAGUCAUUCGUCUUCCGCUACAGGCUCAUCUGUCGCCACGAACCAACUAGUCCAGUUGAUCCUGAGUCCACGCUCGCCCGCCCUCACGAAGCCCAACGUCGUUUUGCCGCCGACAAGGAACAACGAAAUCAGCUCUCCUCCCCUCACAGAAAUGGAGCAGCGCGCCCCGCCGUCUAGCCCGGGCUCCCCCGGUCCCCCCGGCUCCCCGCAAGUCUUAGACGACUGCGCCAUUUGCUGCGACGACGCGGCGGACACGGCGCUGUACGACUGCGGCCACCUGUGUCUGUGCUACACGUGCGCCCUCAAGCUCAAGCAGGAUCAAGCGUCCUGUCCCAUGUGCAGGAAGCCCAUCCGAGACAUCAUCAAGACCUACCGCAGUUCGUAGGGCCGCCGACCGUGUCGUCACACCUUUGGAUUAUCAUGAUCAACUCAGGUUUUUCUUCCAAGUAGUUCGGACUUGUUUUUUUUUUUUUUGUUUUUUUUUUUGUGUAAGGACACGAGCUGCUUUUCGGAACAAUUCAGUUCCCAUCAAGACUGGACAAAACCCGCAAUCUCACAGUAGAAUAUAUCGCAGUUCACAAUCAAUAUUUCUCUAAUUAUAAUUUGAUAUAUCACGCUCACCGAAGAUGUCCAGAUGAGUUUUCUGGCGCGGGUCUUGUUCUGAGCGGCCAAUCAGAGGUCGGAAGAAUGCCGAUGUCACCAGCGCUCUGGCCCUUUGAGGGGGGAAUUUCAAAAUCGCAUGAGUUAAAAAAGAGCAAUGCCAUCGCUAACAUGGUUGAAGUUACAUCGGCCAGCGAUGCGAAUUCUGAAGGCCCUGGGCAGAUGACAUUGACGUGGUAACUCACUGAGGCUCAAAUCUGAUUGGACCAAAAAAAAAAA